AUGAGAAUACUAAAACCAGAAGAAGAAAAAAAAGUCAUGGACAAACUUCAAUACUAUGUAGGAGAUAACGUCAAAGACCUACUUUCUGAGUAUAAUUUGAGACUUAAUAACCAACGUAUAUUUUUAGUAACGGAUGAAAUUCUCAAAGCAUGUUCACAGCUCGGGCGUGACCAGAUCGUUUCUUGUGGUGUUAUAUUGGGAAAAAUAACUAAAAAUGAAAAUUUUAGAGUUGCUAUUACUGCACUUCAUAUUCUCCAUAGAUAUGCCAACCAUAAGGUCUGGAUAAAGUCCUCUGCUGAAAUGAAUUUUUUAUAUGGAAACAAUGCCUUGAAAAGCCAUGUGCAUAAGGUUUCGGAGAAUAUUCCCUUGAAUGCUGGUGUCUUUGUAUAUAACUCACGUGACCUUCCACUUGGUUUUGGGGUAAUGGCAGUUAAUCCAACAUCAUACUCUAGGGCCAAUGGUGGAGAUCCUAUCGUGCUUACACAAGCUGACAAUGGAGAAUACAUCAGACACGAAAAGAAUAUUGUCUGA